AUUAAACAAAUCAAAGAUCUAAAAAGUUACAUAGACUAACACUACCACCACGACCAAUAUCGCCAACAUCAUUAUUUUCAAUUAUAACAAGCGUUAUCAUGUUAACUUUUAAACCGUUUAUUUACUUUUGUCAAUUAACCUGAGUUUUACGCUGAGAUAUCACUAUCUGUGUGUUGCCUGCAUUUUGAACUAUCGAUAUCAGAAGUUUCAUUUUAUUUGGAUAAACUACGUGUAAGUCGGUUUAUAAUAUAUAACUAGAAAAUGACGUCAUCACUUCCUAUCAUAGACAUGUCAAAGGCUUACACAGAGCGCAAUGAGCUCGCCAAGAAAGUAGUCCUUGGUCUCGAAAACGAAGGAUUUAUAUUCAUAGACAACGUCGCAAAAUUGGAUUAUGAUGGGCUUUUUCGCGCAUGCAAAUGGUUUUUCGAUAAGCCGAUCGAAUUAAAGCGAACAGUGAUGAGAAACAUUUGGAACCCCGAAAAUUCGAACAUUUACCGGGGGUAUUUUCCAAUCACAGAAGGAGAACCUAGUCGGAAGGAAGGUUUUGAAUUCGCGCGCGAUGUCAGAUAUGAUGACGUAACAGUUGCUAAAAAUAACUGGUUCUACGAGAAGUCUCCUUGGCCAAAGGAAGAUGGGGAAUUCCCUUUUAAGGAAUUCCUUCAAGAAAGUUAUGAGAUUCUACACAACACAGCUCUAGAGAUUCUAAAGCUAGUCGCAAUCGGUUUGGGUAUUGAGGAAAACAUCUUCGAAGACAUGUUUUUGGACAAACCAUGUUCUACAUUUCGGAUCAUGCAUUACCCGCCUUGGAAAGGGGAACCGCCAAAAAACGCGAUUGUCGAAGAUGGAAAAGUCGUCAUAACUCCGGAACACACGGACACAAAUUUCCUGACACUUCUCACUAGAUUCAACUAUGGCGGACUGGAGGUUAAGACCAUGGAUGGUUCGUGGGCGGAAGUGGAUCCAAGACCCGGAAGUCUCGUCAUGAAUAUAUGGGACACCUUCUCCAGAAUGAUGGGUGGAAGGCUCAAAGCGACGAAGCAUCGAGUUAUUGACAUCGGCAUCGACCGUUACGCCGUUCCGUUCUUUUUCACGCCUCGUUACGACGGUGACAUCGGUAUCAAUUUCAUGUCAAAAGCCACCGGGGUGGGACAGGAACACCGGGUGGAGCGAUACGGACCCUGGGUCCUCGACGUCAUCAAAAACCAGAAAAAGUACUUUGAGUACCGAGUGCUACCGGAUAUUGAGCCGAAAGCAUAGAGUGACGUUUUUGUUUUUGUGCUAUGCGAUAUUGUACGGCGAUUGAGUAACUAUGAUCGAGGCAAAACGUUAUAUUGAAAUAUAAAUUCUGUGUACGGACGGAGCUUCAUUUCAUUUCUAUUUGGUGUCAUAUUUGAUAAAGAUUAUCGACGGAAUGCAUGCAUGCAUUUGUGUCACAUUAAUAUGGCUUAGUUUCUAUAUGAUUAAAAGAUAUAAAAUAUUGCGUUGAAAAAAAAUCAAAAUAAUGAUGAUAACACUUAUUAUAAUGACAAAAUUGACGACAAUGAUUGUGAUUGAUAAUUGACGACGUUGUGACGACAUGAUGAUUAAUUGAACAUAUGAUGCCACAGGCUGUUUUUUUUUAUUCUAAAAGAAUAUGUAGUGUUCAGUGAUAUAUAUGAAUAAAUUGUUGCAUAACGUCACAAA